ACGAGUGGAGUGUUUUCACCAAAUUAUUAGGAUGGAGUACUCCUUCGGGGUCAUCCUGAUCAUCUUCACUGUAGCCCUUUGCAUCUCCAUAUUCUUCAAAUUUCUCUUCAAUUUCUCCUCUGAUAAUCACAAGAACAAGAGAAAAAAGCUUCCUCCCCCACCAGAACCAUCCCCUUUUUUAAUUGUACUGAAAAAUAUACUGACAUUCCUAUUGCAAUAUCAAAAGAAUGCAUGUUUUAAUCUUGAAACUGUACUCCAGGACCUUAAGAAAAAACAUGGUCCUAUAUUCCUUGUGAGGAUUUUAGGUGCUAGAUCACACAUAGUCAUUUGUAGCCACUCCUUAGCCCGCCAAGCUCUUGUCGAGAAGAGUACCAUCUUUUCCAAUCGUCCAACACCAAAUCGACCCAAAGUACACAAAAUCAUAAGCAGUAGCAACGGCACCACAUGGCACCUCCUUCGUCGCAACCUCAGCUCAGAAAUGUUCGGUGCAUCCUGCAUCAGGGCCUACUCUGAUACCCGGCUACACGUCCUUGGCAAUCUGGUUGAAAAACUCGUUAGCCAAUCAAACCAGCCCAUCAAUGUGAUGGAAAAUCUGAGGUUUUCCGUGUUUAGUUUGCUUGUAAUUAUGUGUUUUGGUGAUCACAAGCUCGACGAGGACAAAGUUAAAGAAUUCGAGAGUGUGCAACUUCUACUGUUGGUUAGACAUGUUUGGCUAAAUUUGUUCGACUUCUGGCGCGGACUCAGGAAAAUAUUGUUCGGCAAGCAAUUGGAAGAGUUCAACCGAGCUCGGAGAGAUCAAGAAAACAUGUUUUUACCACUUAUUAGAGCUCGAAGAAUGGCCAAACAAGGACCAAAUGAAGAUGACCAAGAUCAACCUCGGGCAUAUGUGGAUACUUUGUUUGAUCUUCAACUGCCUGAUGAGAAGAGGGCUUUCACUGAUAAGGAAAUAGUGAGCCUAUGCGGAGAGUUCCUGAAUGCGGGCACUGAUACUAUUGCCGCAGCAUUGGAGUGGAUCAUGGCCAACUUAGUGAAAAAUCCUGAGAUUCAAGACAAGCUCUAUCAAGAGAUAGCAGGAGUUGUUGGAGAGCCGCCACAACUUCUGAAACCAUCCUCAUUGGUCAAUGCUGGAGUGGUGAAAGAGAAAGAUUUGGAGAAGAUGCCCUACUUAAAAGCAACAAUUUUAGAAGGUUUAAGGCGUCAUCCUCCGGGGCACUUUGUUUUACCCCAUUGGGUGACAGAAGAUGUUGAGUUAGACAACUACACAAUCCCAAAAAAUGCUUCCGUGAAUUUCAUGCUAGCUGAAAUCAGUCGGGACCCGAUGGUAUGGGAAAACCCUAUGGAAUUCCAGCCAGAGAGGUUCUUGUCAACCAGCUUUGCUGCUGCCCAUGAUAACGAGCUUGAUAGCCCUCAAAUGUUGGACAUGAUCAAGGGGAAUAGAGAAAUGAAGAUGAUGCCAUUUGGAGCUGGAAGAAGAAUGUGUCCAGGCUCCAAGUUUUCACUGCAUCAUUUGGAGUACUUUGUGGCCAAUUUGGUUUGGUACUUUAACUGGAAAGCUGUUGAUGGGAUUGGUGUCGAUCUAUCAGAGAAGCAUACUUUCACUGUUGUCAUGAAGAAUCCACUCCGGGCUCAUAUCUUUCCCAGAGCUAAAUCAGUUUGAUCUGCAUCGAUCUUUGCUUGUACACGCCAUGCAUUGUCUUGUUCUAAAGUUUCGCAUUUCUCUCAUUAUUUCUCGUUUGCAUCAUUAAACUAUAGUAUCACCUUGUUCUUUAAAUUGCUCUUAUAAAAGGGAUUUACCACAA